GACCAUUUGGCUGGUCAAGGCGUUUGAUGAACGGACUGCCGAGGGCGGCAUGGGUUUCAGAUCUCUCCGAAUAGCAAUUUGUUUCUUGUGUACAACCAGUUCCAACAAGUUCUGCCCCGUAUCCAUAAGCAUACUUUGGAUCCUUGGUGUCCGACCCUCGGGGACAGGCCUAGAGGUGAUACGGGGAAAAGAAGGCAAGAGAACACCGCCGCUAACAUGUCGCAGACCGCAAUCGCCCCAACUCCAACAACAUCCGGUACGCACAGGUCCUGGUAAGCCCGACGCCACCUAGGCAUCAUCAACACAACACCAUCUGGUCCGAACCCGUCCACUCCUCCUUCACCUCCUGCAACUGCCCCCCGCCCUCCUCCAGAUCCUCCGCCUGCCUCCAGCCACUCGGCCCUUCACUAUCCAAGAAACAGCCGCCCGCCCCGACCACCUCCCCCUCCUUCAGCAUCCCCAUCCCAUCG